AGAAGAUUAAAUUAGCGUGAUUUCGAAUUUAUCUCAAUGAAUAAUAAUUAUCAUUGUCAUAAGACCUUUAAAAUGCUAAAUCUUCGUGUUCACUGUUUGAAUUCCGCGCCCGCUUAAAAUGGCUACCGCUCUCUCUCUCUCUCUCUCUCUCUCUCUCUCUCUCUCUCUCUCUCUCUCUCUCUCUCUCUCUCUCUCUCUCUCUCUCUCUCUCUCUCUCUCUCUCUCUCUCUCUCUCUCUCUCUCUGCUUCUGAACUCUAUCUUGACUCGACCGCGUCAGUUGCGCGCGCCUAGUCUCGCAACGUUGAAAGGAGCUGUCCACAAUAGAGGAACCGUUGCUCGCAACUGUGUUCCGUGGACUGGAAAAUGGCGAUUUUCGCAUUGUUGCCAAAUCAAAUUAAUUUUGUAGUGGAUUGUUAAGUUGUCAUAUGACCGCCACAAACGCUCCACGGCCGCGAGUCUUCUGCUCUUUCUGCUGAAUGCUGAUGGUAGCAGUAGAGGUAAACAUAACCGCAAUUGUUUAACCUCGAUUUAAACUUCUCAAAGUUAAUGUUAAAAUAGUUAAAGUAGUUUUAAUAAAAAUCACAACAAUGGACAAAGAAAAUCAUUUACAACUCAUUAUAGUUUGGAUAAACAUUUUGAACGUUAUUCAAUCUAUAAUAGAUAAUCUGGAUCAAAGUAUAAGACGAUGGUGGACAAAACCGGACAUAACGGAGCAACAACGUUUAUGUUUUGGCGCUUUUUCAACAAUAUUUGCUUAUAUGAAGAACAACAAUCAUGAAAAAUUGUAUGAUUAUAUUGGCAUGUUGUUGGAGCAAUUUGAAUAUUUAUAUGCUCUUGUUGGAAAUAAACUUGAGAAAAGGAGUCGACGAACAUCUCUACCUGCAGAACUGAGAUUGGCUGCAACAUUAUACUAUCUGCGCAAUGGAGGCAGUAUAAAAAUGUGUGCUAGUGUUUUCCGUAUAGGCACUUCAACUAUGUAUAGCAUUGUGCCAGAAGUUUGUCGUGCUCUCUAUGAAACAUUAAGGCCAAUAUAUAUUCCAUUACCGGGUGCAAUUGAGUGGAGAAUCAUUGCUAAUGGAUUUAAAGAUAAAUGGAACUUUCCAAAUUGUCUAGGAGCUGUAGAUGGGCGUCACUUUAGCAUCGAAACUCCUCCUAAUUCAGGAUCAUUUUUUUUAAUUACAAAAAAUUUUCCAGCGUGGUUUUGAUGGCAGCAUGUGAUUCUUUUCUACGAUACACAUGGCUGAAUGUUGGUGAUUACGAGAAUAGAGACAAAACAUGGAAAGACGGAACACCAUGGAACAAAACAAAUGGCCAGAUUAUGCUUCUUUAAAUAUAAAUAAGAAUGUUCUUAACUGUAUGAAAAAGA